AGACAUAAAAAUAAGAAGGGAAAAAAAUUAAAGCUUCGUUCGUAAACGAAACGAUGAUACUCGAGCCAUGGAGUCGGUUGGAGGGCAAAAUCGUCAUGGUCACCGGAUCGGAGCAUCUUCCGGUCUCGGUUUUUUUUGCCUCGACUUGGCUAAGGCCGGUUGCAGAAUUGUGGCUGCUGCACGUAGAGUCGAGAAACUCGAUUCACUUUGUCAGCAAAUCAAUAACAACAAAAUGGAAUAUUCGAUGUCGUUAACGAUAUAUGGGACCCGUUUAGCUGUUGCGGUCGAGCUCGAUGUCACGGCCGAUCCCGCGGCGAUCGAAGCUUCUGUUUGGAAAGCGUGGGAUGCAUUCGGGCAUAUUGAUACUUUGAUUAAUAAUGCUGGUUUCAGAGGGCAAGUGAGAUCUCCUCUAACAUUGUCGCCGGAGGAAUGGAAUCAAGUGGUGAAAACAAUCUUGACCGGAUCUUGGCUUGUCGCCAAAUCCGUCGGCAAACGGAUGCGCGCCGCCGCCCGUAACGGCUCAAUCAUCAACAUCUCAUCAGUUUCCGGCCUUAAUCGGGGCGUUUUCCGCGGCGGUGUUGCCUGCGAUUCCUCAAAAGCCGCCAUCGACACCAUGACCAAGAUAGUGGCACUUGAAUUUGGGGAUUACAAAAUUAGGGUUAACUCGAUUGCUCCGGGGCUAUUCAAAUCGGAGAUAACAGAAAAUCUUUUCAAUAAGAAAUUAGGGCUGAAAAAUGCGAUGAAGAAAUUAGUGCCGUUGGGAGAAUUUGGGGAAGGCGAUCCGGCGCUGACAUGUCUUGUCAGAUAUUUAAUCGAUGAUUCAUCGGAAUACGUUUCCGGCAACAUCUUCCGGCAACAUCUUCAUUGUUGAUGCUGGUUUUACUCUCACAGGCCUUCCAAUUUUUUCUUCUCUCUAAAAUUAACGGAGCUAUUAAUUCAUUAAUAAGCCCCUUAAUUAAUUUUUAUGUUGCAA